GAGAGAGAGCAGGGCAAUAAUUUAUUGAUAUCGUCUUCUAUUUUUCAUAUGUCCUUGCUUGUUAAACUUCCUUGAAUAACAAGAAAGUUACAGAAAAAGCAACUCACGAAGGCGCUAUAUCCCGUUUUUUUUUUUCGCCAGCUCAGUAUUCAGGAAUUAAAAUUUAUGGCAACCUUCGCUACGUUGGAGCGAGUAGUUCCAGCCGCGGAGAGUAAAUCUCCUGCUCAAGUCCAAAAACCUUCUACUCCAACAUCUUCAACGCAGCAAAAUAAGUUUACCGCCGAGGAUCUGUUCAAUUACUUGUAUGGCUAUACACCCAUCCGUCUUGUUGACCCCAUACAACUACUUCGACGGCAAGUGGAAAAUGGAGCGACCAACAAACAGACGAUGUCUUGUAAGUAGCUUAUAUUAAUUAUUUUUAUUCCGCGUAGAAGUUACAAAUAUAUUGCUUGUUACUGAUUUCAUCGUGGGUUGUGAAAAUACUGCUUAAAUAAUAAGUAGCAGAGUAGCCGAAGUGAAGCUAGUGGUUGUAGUGAGUUUAAGUUGAAAUUCUGCGGUUGCACUUUGAAAGAAAUUUAAAUAUUUACAAUUUCCAGAACUUGUCGUUGACUGAGUGACUUUCCAUGUCGUUAAUGUUAAUUAUGAAACUGCGGUUUGGUUAGCAGCUUAUGUGGCAUUUCCUCUUUCCAGCGUAAAAUAUUACUACUCUCUGGCGGUUUUUACACGUAAGUGGUUUUAAACAAACAAGACAUUAGCUUUUAACUCUUUAUGAUUUCACUGUCUCCUAAUUAAUGAAAAUAAACUCGCCAUGCUUGAAGCUAAGGGAAAGACUUGUCAGGUGUUGGCAACUGUUUUUAACUGUUUCAAGGUAAAAAAUGCGAGCAAUAUCUGAACUCUGAAGAAUCGAGAAGAAGUUAUUUAUGAAAAGUCAGUUACCACGUGCGGCCCUGGCUGAUGCACAUGCUCUAUACAUCAAUAUCAACCACCAAGAGAGAAUGCUUAUAAAUCCUACAGAUUUACCUGUUUUGAGCCUUUAACGAAGUAUAUCUGAUUUUCUCCUUGUUUUGAUUAAGUGCUGGGCAAUCUCCUUUUGUACGGUAAUCGAUUCUUUCUUAAUUUGAGCUAAAGUGAUUUUCCGCGAAUAUAAACACAACUAAACUUUACUCUCUAAUGAGCUUUAUCGUAAUACUUUCUCUAAUUCCUGCCGGUUCCGCUGUGACUUUUUUUUACAAUUCAAUGUUCAUCAUUUUAAUCGUGGAAACCAUAUUCUUUUUAAUUCCUUUAGUGCUGUAAAAUAGCCCAAGAGUGCAAGGCAAAAACUAAACCACAUUGUUUCAUUGAGUGAACAUUGUUUCAAAGUCUUAUUAAUUAUUUAUUUUUUACGAGGUGCAAAUUACACUAAAAACUUGACAGUCAGUUAAGGAACUCUGUACGUGCCAAAAUAAUACUUUUUUGGUUGAAAUCGACCAGAAGUAAAAAAAUCAAAAGAGAACUAAAAACUAAGUAAAUAAGAAAAAUGGAAUUCCUUUUUGCUACUUGGAGACCAAAUAAAUUUUUUGUUUCAUGAAUGACAAAAUCAUGUGAAAUGUCUAAAUUACCUUUCGUUCAUAUAUGAAAGAAGGUGUAGAACAAGAAAUGAUUAUUUGUCCACUAAAAGUUGUUUCUCAAUCACUUACAAGGCAAACAACCUGCUAAGAUGGGCUGACAUUUCCUGAAAUAGAAAAAUAACAAGUUUGGAAAACACCUACUGUCAACGGGUGCUUUAGGAAUGCCGAGUUUCAAACAGUUUGAAAGUCACGUUUUCAAUUCGGAUCGAAAACGAUUCAACUUUCAAUACACAUCAGUAGGUUAUAGUUACUUUACACAUGGGUUUAAAGUAAUUGUGUUCUUUUUCCAUGCAGAUAAGGGCGAAGUAAAGAAUUUUACCUACAAAAGACAGGCAAACGUUUUCAAGUUUUGUCAGGUGUUUGUUAAGCAAACUUAAGGCGCGGUUUUUGAGCGACGCACGCCAACCGUGAGGACUUUUGCCUUUCGAUAAGCCUUGACGCUCUCAAAUUUGUAUUGCUAAGUGUCUUUACUCUUAUAGAGAAGAUUUCCUCUAGAUUUGGUACAAACAAAAAAUUGGCCUUUGUCUAACAUCCUACUGGCUACCACUAAAAAGGACUGAAGCAGACCUUCGCCUUCUUCGAAAAUUCACUUCAAACCACUACUAGCAGAAGGAGUAGUUCUUGCGGCAGAAAUUUCAACCAAAGCAUAUCGGCAUACACAAUGACUUUCAUACUUCUUGAUCUCGUCGAUUGCUCAUGACCCGGCCGCUGUUGAUAUGACCAAAAAUAUCAUUAUCAUUAUUAUUUGCUUUUUAGGGUGCGAUAUUUGCAACGAGAAACACGAUGGAGAAUGUCCAAUGCACGGUCCUUUACACUCUUUAAGAAAACUGGUAAACGCCGGCCAGUCCCAUAGUCCUUUGGAAAACGGCUCUAUUCUCAAAUUCCCGGAUGAGGUUUGCUUGUGCACUUCCAGUAUUCCUUGCGUUGGUUACGGAGUGUGCGCCAGAAAACGGAUUCCUGCGGGCACCUGGAUCGGGCCAUACGAGGGUAAACUGGUACGCCCCGAAGACAUCAAAGUUGAAACCGAGACGGAAUACAUGUGGGAGGUAGGAACGUCGAUUUUAAGUACAUAUAAAACACUACGCGUGAAUAGCCUAGAAUCAGCUCGUCUCGGCAUAAACUAUAAGGUCUAGGGCUGUGUCCAGAGAAAAACGGUCGAAACGUUCUCUACGAAGACCAACAUAGAACGGAUACCUCUAUAUUAUGCAAAGCUCUCUUGAUCCCAAAGUAAGUUAGACAUGCAGUCCUUACGUCUAUAUAUAAAACGGACACUUUUGUAACGCGAACACGUGGCGUUGUCGUUUUGGUGCGCGCUUGUAUCAAGGAGAUUUGACUGUGCUGCUUAAUAUCUCAAGUUUUCUGCGAUUUAUAGUCGCACUUGAUCAUAAGCAAGGUUGCCGAGCAACAAUUAAUACGACACAAGUGGUAAUUGCACCUAAGAAACUCGAGUCAGUGGGUGUAUGUCAGUGGGUUCCGCCGGGACCGAUCAGAAUCAGCAAAGUUCCCUCAGAGAUCACAGCAAAUUGUAACAUUUUCUUUCCAUCCCAGGUCUUCCACGAUGGUCAAGUCAGUCAUUACCUCGACGGAAAGGACGAAGCUAAUUCCAGUUGGAUGCGAUUUGUUCGAUGCGCUCGGCACAAGAAAGAACAGAACAUGGUGGUGUUCCAGUACCAUGGCUGUGUAUACUACAGGACAAUCAGGGAGAUCCUUCCGGGGCAAGAGCUACUUGUGUGGUACGAUACCAGAUACUCACAGUUUAUGGGGGUGCCUGUGGCACUCAGUGACUCGGGAAGUAGAGGUAAGGAUGUUCUCAGAAAUGUUAAAAAUAUAGUUAUUUGCUCCAAAAUUUAAUUUCAUAAUCAUCUUCAACAAAAUAAGUCAUGAUAAAAGAUAAGCCCAGUAGGCAAACUAGUACUUAGACACACCACAUAUUUGAUAAAAGAUUUACUUCGCCGUGUUUAUGAGUUUUAUUUCACUCAAGAUUAAAGCAGGAAAGAGCCUUUGCUUGGGCUUAAGACUUAGAGACAAUCCUUUCUUUCUCUUUAAUUAGCUUUCCUCAGAAUAAAAUAAAGAAUUUUAUAAAGCAACAACUGUCAAUUUUGUCACAGAUUUGGAUUAAAAUUCUUCAUUUCUCAAACUGAUCUGUCGGCGUUUCUACUGAACCAACUGAUAAACUGUUUUUUAUUUAUUUAUUUAUAUACGAAAAGGUGUACAUCCACCACGAGAUCUCGUUGCACAAGAGAGGUCACGUGCAAGGGCUGAUAAAAACGAGUCAUUUGAAUCAGCGGUGCGAAGAAACUUCACAGAUCAUGCGCCAGCACAAAGGGGUCGCCCACCUUUGAGGAGGACUGAAUCUGAGCCAAUCAAACCGGAUAACGACCACGGAGUCUUAAGGGAGGACAGACGACCGACCUCGUAUCGAGGAAGAGGAUACGGAUACAAACAACAAACGCGAACGUCGUCAAGAUUUGAUCCAGCAGAUGACUUCACAUGGAGAUGUAAUCAGUGUUUUAAGGCAUUCACAAACCGCGAACAACUUGAGGUGCAUCAGUGUAAUGGUAUAAGCAGCGGGAAGAAUUUAACGUGCACUCAGUGUAGCCAGUCCUUUGCUCAUCCAUUUGAAUACCGCAAUCACAUGGAAACACACGUCAAUGAGAGACCUUUCCGGUGCGGCUACUGUGCAAGUGCAUUCGCGAGCGCGGCCUUACUGAACCAGCACGUACGAGUCCAUAUGACAGAGGGGAGUCUGGGUAUCUUGAAGCCUUCACCGCGACAUGAUAGAGCCGCCCAAGAAUUCCACUUUUAA